GGGGACUGGCGUUAUCCGACUCGAUAAUGCAGUCGGGUCUGAAGAAAAAAGUGUACUUUCCGGUGUUGACCAACGACCAAUUGCGCGGCGCUUUUUUACUCGGGGUGGACCUGUGCAGCCAGUUUCUGAUUUUUGUUUUGGUUUUGCUGAAAAUCCCGACGGCUUUGAUCCGCAACGUGAAACUGGAGCAUGGGCGCGGCGUGAAGGAGUUUCUGUUCAUGAACGGCAUCAGCGGUAAGGCUUACUGGGCCUCGCACUUUCUAGCCGACGCGAUUGUCGUUUUUCUCUGCUUGUUUUUCGUUUUCAAAUUUCUGCUCGCCGGCGGUAUCGCGGACUGUUUGCCCUUUCUACAACUCUUGCGGCAGAGUUGCUUUUUCGAUC